CUUCCGGCGGCGCCGGGUCUGAGGCGUUUGUUCAGCCGUGGGUAGGCGCGGGCCUAGUCUCCGCGCCCGCCUGCGUGAGGAACCUUUUGCGUUCUGAACUGUCCCGUAUACUAACUAACAAUCUCUGAGGGGUUCCCGUUAGCCAGACUGAGCACUCUGCGUAUUAAGGCGUCUGGGUUAGGGAGAAGAAGUGGGUGACUGUGGGUGACACGUCCCUUAGGAUAUUUAAGUGGGUUCCUGUGACAGACAGCAAGGAGGGAAGGAUCGGGCAGAGCAUUCUGAUGAGGGCAGAAAGCAGGAGGGUCCCACAGAGAACUCCAGUGGAAGCAGAUGUAUAUAGCUGCCUGUCUCUUAAAGAAAAGUCAAAAUCGAACAGUUCCGCAGCCCGGGAACCUAAUGGCUUUCCCUCUGAUGCCUCAGCCAAUUCCUCUCUCCUUCUUGAAUUCCAGGAUGAAAACAGCAACCAGAGCUCCGUGUCUGAUGUCUACCAGCUCAAGGUGGACAGUAGCACCAACUCGAGCCCCAGCCCCCAGCAGAGCGAGUCCUUGAGCCCUGCGCACACCUCUGACUUCCGCACAGACGACUCCCAGCCCCCCACGCUGGGCCAGGAGAUCCUUGAGGAGCCCUCCCUGCCUGCCUCGGAAGUUGCUGAUGAACCUCCGACCCUCACGAAGGAAGAACCAGUUCCUCUAGAGACACAGAUUGCUGAGGAAGAGGAAGACUCAAGUGCCCCUCCCCUGAAACGCUUCUGUAUGGACCAGCCUGCAGUGCCGCAGACAGCGUCAGAAAGCUAGCACCACCCUGGCGCCCUUCGCCUCCAGGCCCCAUGCCUCUAUUUAUUGCAUUCUGGUUCUGGCUGUGCUGUGUUGCUGGGGUAAGGGCGAGCACCGAGGUCCAGAGCCUGCACCUCAGAGCCUUCUGGGCUGGAAGGUGGACGCGGGACCUGGGGUCGUAGCAUCAUCUUCCCAUCCCUGGCACCUCUGUCUGCCUGACCCUGAGAAGAGGAGCACUCCUGUCCUCUGCACCCCAAGGAGGCUGGCGCCUCGGCCACUCCAGGAUCAUCUGUCACCUCCAGUAGCAGUCUGUGCUCCACAGCCUCUGGACUGAGCUGCUGGUGCCUCUGCAAGAGGAAAGAGAGGGGGAAGGCACCCUCCAGAGAAGAGCGUGCCGAGGGCUUACUUGAACUUGAAUGGAGACUGUAUAUUCAUGGACUUGCCCAUAGGGCUAGGGACCCUAUAGGCUGCUGUUGGAGAAUGCCUGAGUAGACUCUGGAGGGAAGGGAAGGGCUUAACUCCACACGACGGCAGAAAAGUCCCACCUAGACUUCAUGCUGUCCUGGCACUUGUACCCAUUCCUGAGGCCAUCCUGCCUCUCAUGGGCUCUCUGGCUGUUGACAGUCCUUUGUCCCCCCACUGUAACCACCCCCUUCCCCCAACACACAUACGCGCACAUACUCACAGUUGUUUCCACCUGGACAUUUCAUUCCAGUAUCCCCCUGCCUCCUGCCAUGGUUCCCAGCUCUCCUGCCGCAGACUCUGUCCCAGCGAGAAUUUGAGGUUCUGACAGUACUCAUCCCCACAGUACUUCUUCAGCCCAGACUUUCUAGAAAGUUUCCUUUUCUUUGAAAUCUGCAUGUUUCAUCAAACCUUGUGAUUUUAUUUUUUGUUUCAAAAAAGUUUAAGAAAAUGGAAAUGGACAACAGUGAGUGAAGACAUAUUUUAGCACUGAAUAGAAUAUUUUUAAAAUUAAACUAUUUGAAAUAUGUCUUGUUGGCA